UUCUAUUAUCAUAAAGAAUUGAACUUCAUGUGCCUGUCGAUCGUCGAGGUCAGAAGGUAUGAAACGUCUGGCGUUCGACCUAGUCGCACUAAGAAGCCGAAGCCGAAUGAAGAUCUAACUAGCUUUCUUGGACCUCUACCAGCACAACCAUUGAAAGACGAAGCCGAAGCUUCGACUGGGGUAGAAAUCAAUUCUGAAAAUCCCAAAAACUCUGACGUCACAAAAGCUUCAACUGGGGAGGAAACCAGUUCUGAGAAUCUUGAAAACUCUGGUGUCGUAAAAGCUUCAAUUGUGGAGGAAACCAAUUCUGAGGAUCCUAAAAUCUUCAAUGUUGGCAGUUCUUCAAAGACUAAACACAUUCGUUCGUGAAGGAAAGAAAAGGAUGAAAAAAGUGGAUAGAUCAAACUUGGUCAGCAGUAUCAAAUGGGACGAGAUGGUGAAGGUUCCAAUCGUUUAUAUUAAGCAGUAAGCACUACAAAUAUAUAAAAACUAUUGCAUUUUUGGUGCGAAAACAAUCUGUAGCAUCCAUCUUUCUGGUGUUGUUUUAUUAUAUCAACUAUCAAGUAUGUUUUCUUAAGACAAAUAAGUAUUUGUUGGCUUU